UUAGUCGAUGAGGGAUGAGCACUGUCGUCACUCAUCCCCCCGGUUGAGUAAGCAAAAGCAGAAAAAAAACCGUCCGUGUAUUGAGCGUUAUGACGUCCAUCCCCCACGUAAAACAACCCAGUCUCUCGUCUCGGCGUCUGCUCCGAAUAUCUGCAUAAAUAUCGAGUCGUCGCGCGAAUUUAUCGAUAACCAUGAAAACCGCUCCGCUUCCAUUGAGUAAUCGAAAAGUUAAAUUAUUAUAAAAAUGCUGCACACAGGUUUUCCUGUUUUAUAGUCGGUGAAAACCAAAUGAGGAGUCAGUUCAUGCAUUUAGUACAAAGAAAAUGCCGGGGUGACUGAGCCGCAAUCCGAACACUGGCCGAAAAAAAAUGUUCGAUUGGUGUUUCCUCGUUCUCGGGAUCACGGGGGUGGUUUUGAUCGUUUAUUUUCUGGUGGAGUUGCACUAUUUUUUGAGGACGCUGUUAUGUGUGAUCGUUGCCAGGUUUUUCAAAAAGAAGAAACACAUUUUGGACGUGACCGAGGUUACAGGAGUAUGUAUGUCCAAUGACAUCGACUAUCUUCUAGACCAUAUGAAUAACGCAAGGUACUUGCGAGAACUAGACUUUGCCAAAGUAGAUUUUUAUGAACGAACAGGGUUAUACAACAAGUUGAUCGCUAAAGGAGGGUCUUUGUAUGCAGGCGCUUCCACUAUCAGAUACAGAAGAUUUAUCAAAGUAUUUUCCAAAUAUAGAAUUAGUACAAAGAUAAUUUACUGGGACAAUCAGAACAUAUAUAUUGAGCACAAAUUCAUGACAGGUGAUAACUUUGUCAACGCUAUUGCCCUAUGUAGGAUAAGGUUAGUAAAGAUAGAUGCAGAAGAGUUAAUGAAAGAUCUGAUGUCGAAUCUUCCAAAAAAUGUGGCUGAUGUGGCACCAGAAAGAAAAGAAAAACCUCUGAUACCACCAGAUUUAGAAAAAUGGAUUGAAAGCAACCGGAUUUCAAGUGACAAGCUGAGAGAGAAUAAUAAGAUUGAUAAUCGGGUAGAAAUAAGUAAAGUUUAAGGUUUCUAUGCUCGUUAAGGCUAAUACAAUGAGCGUUAUUUAAGCAUUAAUGUGACACCUUAUUUUUGUUUAAAUAUCAAACAUUAUUGUACUGUGAUCUUUAGGUACCAACUGUUAUGAGCUGUUAUUUUUAAUUGAUAUAAAAAUGGUAAAUCUGCAAAAUUUAAGAGUUUGAACUAUAAUCAAAAUUGUAUAUGACUUUAUUAAAAUUAUAUAAUAUCUAUUAUACAGUAUCUUAAAAUGGAAAGUAAAUUUAUAUAAUUCAAGAAACUAUACAGGAGUUGUCUGUGAGAGAUACCUAUAGCAAAUGAUUAUAAUAUGAAAAAUAGCAUUUUCGAAAAUUAUUGUAAAAUGAGUUACCUAUAUAAUAUACCUAUCUAUUUUACGUAUUCUAUGCCAGCUGUUAUUUAUUAAAGAUAUUGGUUAUA